AUGACUACCAUUCGCAGGGCACUCAUCUCGGGGUUUGGAGAUGCCUCCAAUGUCAAGAUCGUCACUGAGACGAUCGACGCGCCCGGGAAGAACGAGGUGCAGGUCGAUGUCAUCUACUCGGGCUUCUCCGGUGCCGACAUCAACAUGCGUCUGGGCGUGUACCCGCAGCAGAAGACGGCGCCCCUGUACCCAGGAUACUGCUUCGUUGGCCGCGUCGCCGUCAACGGUCGAAAGUCGAACAGGUUCCGGCCAGGCGACCUCGUAGGCGCUGUGACAGUGUACGACUCGGAGGCCGACAAGAUCAACGUCGAGGAAAAAUAUCUCGUCGCCGUGCCCCCCGGCGUCGACACGCGCUCGGCGCUCGCCGCUGUGCUCGACUGGAACACGGCGUACGGCCUCGUGCAUCGGGCGACGACGAUCGUGGGCCAGGGCAAGCGCAUCUUCAUCCACGGCCUCAGCGGCGCCGUGGGUUAUGCCACCAUGACGCUCUGCCUGCUCGGAGGGGGGCCGAAGUCUUACGGGGACGGCGUCGCUUACGCAAACCACGAGGCGCUGGCGGGGCCCUGGGGUGUCCACGCCAUUCGUGUACACGAACAAGGCGUGGAUGGGCGAGAUGGCGGGCGGCGCGGCGGUUGCACACGUCGGUGUACGACGCGCUCGGCUUCGAGAGCUAUGACGAAGUCGUGGGGAGAUUUCUCGCCGGCAGCGCAGCGAGUCGCAGCUGCGAGGACGCUCAGCUCUGGCCAAGAACGAGUGUCUGUGGACGAAGCGCAGCGCGGAGUUCUACUACAUCGACGCACCGCGACACGUACAUGCCGGAUCUGCAGGCCGUCUGCACUGCUGGCCGAGGGCAAGUUCGAGGUGCCAAUCAAGAAGAUCUGGGACCUCGACAACAUCAGAGAGCCGCACGCGCAGUGGACCAACGUGACUGGCAUGGGCUCUUGCUUGAUUCGUGUCGACCAGAAUGCCUAG